AUGGCUGGGCUGGCGCCGCCGCGGCCGGCUAAGGGCUACCGCGUGGUGCUGCUGGGCAGCGCGUCCGUGGGCAAGACGGCGCUGGCCACGCAGUUCACCUGCGGGACCUUCCCCACGCAUUGUGAGCCGGCCGUCGAGGACCUGUUCAGCAAGCUCAUCGAGGUGAACAAGGCGCCCGCGCUGCUGGAGAUCGUGGACACGGUGGGCGCCACGCACCUGGUCACGCUCACCGACCUGUACCUGCGCAACGGCGACGGCUUCGUGCUGCUCUACAGCGUGGACAGCGCGGCCUCCUUCCAGGCGCUGCGGCCACUGCGCGAGCGCCUGCGCCGCCUGCGGGGCCCCCGCGCGGCGCCGCUGGUGCUGGUGGCCACCAAGGCCGACCUGGACGCCGAGCGCCAGGUGCUGACGGCGCAGGGCCGCGCGCUGGCCCGCGAGUGGCGGUGCCCGUUCCUGGAGAUCACGGCCAAGAGCAAGCUCAUGGUGGACCAGGUGUUCACGCAGAUCGUGCGCGAGAUGGAGACCCAGGCCCGCGCCCCAGCCCGGGCCCCUGUGCCUGUCCCCGCCGUCCCCCCGAGGCCCCAGCAGACAUGGCCCUCUGAGAGGUACAUCGGCUGACCGGUGGCGCUCCCUGUCCACGGGAUCCCCUCUGGGCUCUCCUGACCUCGGGAUUCCCCCUCGGUGCCUUGCUGUGACCGCUGGACCCGCAGCCAACGGCCACUCCUGCCUGACCUGUGCCUCAAGCUCCUCGCCUUUUCAGAUCCUCACAACUGGGCAAAACCUGCAGGCGUCCCCCGUGACCGCGCUGGAAGACCACCCUCUUCCUGGAGUGGAAUUUGGGAUCGGACUGGAUUUUGAAAUGAACUUUUGAGUGACUCCAGUAUUUGAAGUUGACCGCGGCCCCGGAAGUGAAGAGGGUCAGCUCCCACCCCUCCUGGUUCCACGUUACAGCGCCGACAGCCCACAGUGAUUUCUCCACACAGUGACAGUGCUUCUGCACAGAGGGCGGGGUGCGCUGCUGCCUGGGUUAAAAGGGGAUCUGUGUCCCUGGGAGGGAGGGAACAGCUGCGUGUCCACAGGGAGACCGCUCAGCUGCCCCAGCUGUUGGGGCCAUGGGGCCGGUUUCUGCCACUAAUUUGUAUGAAGACAAAGUGAGGACACAGUUGCUGGCCAUUAGUGUUUCCUUCCUGAGUCCCUGGAAAGCUGUCCCUGCUCCCAUCCUCUGUCUGCCCUGACUCCAGCAGCAACCCUGCCCUGCUGCGCUUUUGCACAAAUGCUCCCACCUCCCCCGUGGGCUCCUGCUGAGUUCUGCCAGCCCCUGGUGUUUGGUUCCCCCCUGAGUGUGGUGCUGGGUAGCAUGGAGGGGCUUCCACCCCUGUGACCUCAUGUGUCAGAGAAGCACUGCCCCGGGGCUCCUGGACUGGAGUCCUGGUGGAGCCGAUAGCCAGGGGGUUCCUCCCAGAGGGCUGCCCGUGGGAUGGAACCACUGGCCAUCGUGCCCUUAGCUCUUCUUAACAAGGAUACAGACAGGGGCUUAGAGACAAAGCGUGUAAGGAGCUUUAGCCCGGGUUUCCUUUAACCAUCAGACUCCUGGAAAGCUUUACCCUGUUGUGAAGUGUUAUCCGGGGCACACUUGUCCUGAUGGGAGACGCUGGUGUUUAUUUGCACUAGUGAGCAUGCUAACCUCACCUGCUGCAUCCCGGGUGUCCGUGUCUGGAGCCCAACUCUCACCAUGUGACCGUCUCUCUCCAUAAAGUCCCCAAGAACCCAAUGAGCCUGUGAACUGACAGCGCAUUCUCUCAGAGGACAGGGAAGCAGGGGGUAGUGGUUAGGAGUCGCUGUGGUGAGUGUAUUUGUAUAUGAGAUGUCUUUAUAGCAGAAUGGACUUGACUUUGACUUUAAGAUCUAAUCAUAGGACAGCCAGUUCCCAGAACUGGACGUUAAAGCUGGAGUGGCUUCCCCUGCCCUGGGUCUCCCUCUGCUUCUCUGGAGCUGGGACACCUACUUCUGAAGCCUUCACGUUGUUAAAAAAAACAAACAAACAACCCAACAAAAGUGAAAGAAACAAAAUAAAAAUGAAGCAAGCAAGGUAAACAGCUCAAAGAUAUUAAAGCCCAGGGCAAAUUACAAGCAGUUCCUCUAUCUACUUUCCCGGAGACUGUUCUGUUUCUUAAAAAACAGAACAAAAAUUUGAGGUAGUCCGGUUACCAGGCUGCUUCUAAGGAGAAGACUAGGGAACCUUGGUGUCGUGGUUACUUGUUAGGCUGCAAUCUGAAGGGUCGGCAGUUGGAAACCACCAGCAUAUGCUUGCGAGAAAGACUGGGCUUCUAUUCCUGUAAACAGUUAUAGUCUCGGAAACCCACAGUGGGUCCAACGAGUCAGCAUUAACAGGAUGGACAUGCGAGGGAGACACACGGAAAAUCCACAACAAGCUAGGCUUAACCUUGCUCCCGCUUACUGAUAUGCUCACGUCAGAUUACGAGGUGGACUGUAUGGAGCCCUGGUGGCACAGUGCUUAAGCACUUGGUAGAUAACCACAUAGGUCAGUGGUUCGAACCCUCCAGCCACUCCUAGGGAAGAAAUGAGGCAAGCCAACAAGGCAGUCCGCUCCAGUAAAAAUGCACAGCCUUGGAAACGCUGUGGAGCAGGUCUCUGUCCUGUAGCGCUAGGAGAUGGAUGCACCGAAGAGCACAGGUGACAUAGCUGAGAGGUGCUAAUCACAGGCAGCUGGGGCACAAAUUGCCAUCUUGUUGAUUUGCACUCAAUGCCUCCGCUAAGUGCCGGGUACCAUCGACUGCCCCCUAGCCUUGCCAGGGCCGUGAGCCUUCACAGGACGGACAGCCACCUCAUUCUGCUCUCAGACCACACCUGGGGUGACCCCAAGACGAUUGUCUAGAGAACUUGCCACGAUUCAGCAUACGUUUUAAAUCUUAAAUAAAAGGAUCUUCAUAUUUCCUUGUAACGACAGAAGCGGGUGUUUUUGCAAUCCCAAUGUAAAAAGCCCUGGUGAUGGGGUUGACUCCCGCUCACAGCGCCCCCUAGAGCACAGAGGAGAGCUGCUUCGCAGCGUUUCCAAGGCUGUGAUUCUUGAUGGAAACUGGUAGCCUCAUCUUUCUCCUGUGGAGGCUGGUGGGCUCAAACCUGCGACCUUCCUGUUGGCAGCCCAACACUUAAUCCACCGUGCCGCCAAGGCUCCUUCAUGCAAGUUUACUUGUGCCAAUAUCCUUACAGGGGUACAAUUUGAUGCUAAUUUGUUUUUUGAACCCUGGUGGGGCAAUGGUUAUGAGUUGGGCUGCUAACUGCAAGGGUCAGCAGUUUGAAACCACCAGCUGCUCCUUGGGAGAAA